GAGGGAUGUGCCCUUAAAAUCUGGAAAAAUACUGUCUAGCUUCAGCCCUGGAUCCGCCCCUGGAGAUAGUUAGACAAUGGCAACUAUCUGAGUGAAAACUGUUUGUCAAUCAAUAUAUCAGUGUAAGUUGUGAUUCACAAUUUUUAGAUCAUGUACCUUCAUUGUGAUUAGCAAGACUUUAUCAAAUUUUCUUCAACAUAUGUUUAAUCAUUGACAUUUUGUUGAUACCAUACACAAUCAAACACUGUUGUAACAAUUAAACUUGUUAUGAAUUCAUCAUUAUAUUUUCCUUGGCGAAUCAAAACAAUAGAACCAUUUUACAUAAUUCUGUAUAGGGGAAGCUCGCGCUGUUAUUCAUUCCCCUUCCUUGCACCUGACAUUCAAUAUAUAGUCUCUCUAUACAGGCCAACCUCAAUUGUCAAUACCUUCACUUCAAAACUUCUUUUAUUGCGCGCGCGCGUGCGUGCGUGCGUGCGUGCGUGCGUGUGUGUGUGACAGCAAAUAGUGCUCAAUAAACAUCUAGCUAUCUGUUUACUUCUUCAUUUGUUAUUUGCAUCGUCCUUCUAUUCACAAACGUCACUUUGAAAAUAACAUACAACAUAUGCACAAUGACCUAGCAAGCACAAGCAGACCACUGUUUGCAUUUCACACCCUAAUUGUAAGGCCACUGACACAGUAGCUGGCGCUUGCGUUAAUUUUCAGUAAUUUCACAUCUUUUGCAGUUUCCAUCGCCAUUUCAUGUACAACGAAUUUGGGGGUGAUGGGCGUGCACGCACGUGAGACCAAACAUGUAGAUCACCGGUGGAAUCUUUAGCUGGUGCAUACCAGGGAGAAUUUCCACGAGCCGGGCCAGGGUCCCCAUGACCCACAGUGUAACACUUUGCAAACUUAAACAUGUGCUAUGCGUGAAACGCACGUGCAAUGUGUUCGGAGAAAAGGGUGCGCAAAGACAACGGCAGAAGCUGACAUCACAGCCUGGGAAGGCUUUCACACGUUUCACACGUUUCACAAUUUACAUCAAUUUAUUGAUGUUUUUACACACUAUGCAGCGUGCAUACACGAAUCAUUUCGUCAACUUUGUGAUCUGUUGAAUAGAAAAAGCAACUCACGUAGGCAUGCCCUGGACCGAUAGUUAUCUGCCAGUUUCACAUGCAAUGGAUAUCCACGUGCAUGAUACCUGCUAGGCGAUAUAACAUAUCCAGUAACAAAGUUUUUGUAAACAAUUGAUUAACAAAUACUAAUUAACUUUAGCAAACCACUCUUUUACAAUUCAUAAAAACGUCAAUUUUGAGAAUGCAAAGAAAUGAUCUCAUGUGAUGUUUUGACACCCACCCUACCUGACAAGUUCUACAUGCUUGGACUCAAGAGCUUUGUCCUUCAGCAAUAUCAGCAUCCCUGUGCUAUCCAGAGAAAUCUCGGCGUUACCAGUGCAACUAAGUCCAUAGACUGGCUUAAUGACCUGAAAUAUUUUGUGGCAGCUAUUAUAAGUAAUGAAUCCUCAAUUUCAGCGUAGUUACGCUUCAAACUUCAACCACAGCACAAACUCUCGGACCGAUUCCCCACGCUAUAAUGUGGUUGAUUGCAGUCUUGACACUGCCCGUAUGAAAUAUCGCACAAUUCCCAGUGUGAUGACUGAAGUUUUGAUGCAAUCAUUGAUGCAUGUCUGAGUGGGCUAUACUAAAUUCUUCGGUAUGAGUAAUGGACUCCUUUGGCAUGCUAUGGGAAGCAGUAAUUGUUUUGGUGUGUCAUUGACAUACGUGCGUGUGUUUACAGUUUAUGUAAUGAGUACUUGUUGUAUGUUCCCUGUAAGCGGCUUUUUACUGAGCUGCUUUUUAAUUUGCUGAUUCAGAUGUGUUGAUUGUUGUUAACGAUUAUCUCAGCCAAAGCUGGUAUCAUGCGCUUACUCAAUUACGAAACCUGAAUGUAAGAGAUUGUUUGUCAUGUAAUUAACCAUCGUGUGUGUGCACUUUCAAUUUCUCGUAAUGGAUUGUACGUAUGUACGAAUAAAGCCUGUAACCAGGAUAACAGUAGCCAUUGUAGUCCGAUUCUUGGUGUAAUUCUGCUGUUGUUCAUGCUACCAGAAACGUUUGGAGAUGGCUAACAACUAAAAAAAUUGCAAGCUAAACAUACUUGGUGUAGUGAACCAUUUAAGAUAGUGCAUGAGGAGGAUCCUGUUCUCAUUGAACAACUUGAUAGCUGCACACUAAUAACAACAAGUGCAUGGAGAAAUUCUAAUGGGGCUGCAGCAAGAGGUGUAGGAAUAGUAGUUAACGACACUGCAGAAAAAGCACUGGCAGAAGUAGUACUGGUUAAUGGCAGAAUAAUGAGUCACCUUCAAUGGCAACCCAAGCACUACAAUAGUCGUCAACUAUGCACCAUUGAAGGAAGCAACGACGCAGAGGAGCAUUAUGGAACACUGUCAGAUGUUAUCAAUGAGAUACCGAAACACCAUGUAAUUAUAGAAUGUGGUGAUUUCAAUGCUCAUCUGGGUGAGGAUACUGUCCGUCACACCUUCCACACGCAAACCAACAAGAACUAUAGCAGCUUCAGUAGCUUAGGGAGCGACCAUCGACUAGUGACCGCAAGAAUACGUCUUAGCCUACGUAUGUGCAAAACCCCUGCAAAGAAGAAAAGCUACGAAUGGUCUUCAUUACGGAACACAGAACUCCAGGAGCUCUACACAGUCACUGGGCAAAACAGAUUUACUGAACUAUCCAACGACAGUGAUAAUGUUACAGAACAGUAUGGCAAAUUAGUGCAAGUAAACGCAGAAGCUGCAGAGAAAUUGCUACCGGUAAAGAAGAGGAUAAGGAGAAGAGAGAUUGCUGAUGACCCUCGAGUAGAACAAACAAGGAAGGAAGUACAGGAUGCAUUCACCAACUAUCAAAAUGAUGCCAACACAGAGUCGCAACAACAUUUGCAAAAGAGGAAAGAGGAACUAAAACAGGUGUACCAAGAUAUCCAAGAAGAGGAACUGGAUGAAAUGAUCACCCAAGUUAAAAAUGCAGAUGCAAAGAGUAAACAUGGAGAAAGCUGGAGGCUGAUCAAUUCUAUCACUGGUUGAAAAAACUGCGAAA